AUGUCCCCUUACAGCUCCCCGUUCUCCUCCGCGUGCCUCCCCAACCAUUCCCAUUCCCGUUUCCCUCUCUUCCUCGCCUUCCCUCGUUUCCCUCUCUUCUCUCCCUUCCUUCGCUUCCCAAUCUUCCCUCCCUUCCCUUGUUUCCCUCUCGUCCCUCCCUUCCUGAGUUUCCCUCUCUUCUCUCCCUUCCCGCGGUUCCCUCUCUUCACUCCCUUCCCUCGUUCCCUCUCUGCCCUCCCUUCCCUUGUUUCCCUCUCUUCCCUCCCUUCCCUCGUUUCCCUCUCUUCCCUCCUUCCCUCGUUUCCCUCUCUUCCCUCCCUCCCCUCAAUUCCCUCACUAUCCUCACUUCCCUUGAUUCCCUCUCUUCCUCCCCUUCCCUCGUUUCCCUCUCUUCCUCGCCUUCCCUCGUUUCCCUCUCUUCUCUCCCUUCCCGCGGUUCCCUCUCUUCCCUCCCUUCCCUCGUUUCCCUCUCUUCCCUCCUUCCCUCGGUUCCCUCUCUUCCCUCCCUCCCCUCGGUUCCCUCAUUAUCCUCCCUUCCCUCGAUUCCCUCUCUUCCUCCCCUUCCCUCGUUUCCAUCUCUUCCUCUGUCUACUGACAUCCUCGCCUUCCCUCGUUUCCCUUUCUUCCCUCCCUUCCCUCGCUUCCCUCUCUUCCCUUCCUUCCCUCGUUUCCCUCUCUUGCUCCCCUUCCCUUGUUUCCCUCUCUUCCCUCCCUCCCCUCGGUUCCCUCACUAACCUCCCUUCCUUCGAUUCCCUCACUUCCUCCCCUUCCCUCGUUUCCCUCUCUUCCCUCCCUUCCCUCGUUUCCCUCGUUUCCCUCUCUUCCCUCCCUUCCCUCGUUCCCUCUCUGUCCUCCCUUCCCUUGUUUCCCUCUCUUCCCUCCCUUCCCUCAUUUCCCUCUCUUCCCUCCCUUCCCCCGUUUCCCUCUCUUCCCUCCCUCCCCUCGGUUCCCUCACUAUCCUCCCUUCCCCGUUUCCCUCUCUUCUGUCCCUUCCCCCAUUUCCCUCUCUUCCUCGCCUUCCCUCGUUUCCCCUCUCUUCUGUCCCAUCCCUCGUUUCCAUCUCUUCCUUGCCUUCCCUCGUUUCCCCUCUCUUCCCUCUAUUCCCUCGUUUCCCUCUCUUCCCUCCUUUCCUUCGUUUCCCUCUCUUCCCUCCCUUCCCUCGUUUCCCUCUCUUCCCUCCAUUCCCUCUUUCCCUCUCUUCCUUGCCUUCCCUCGUUUCCCCUCUCUUCCAUCUCUUCCCUCGUUUCCCUCCCUUCCCUCGGUUCCCUCUCUUCCCUUGGUUCCCUCUCUUCCCUCCCUUCCCUCGUUUCCCUCUCGUCCCUCCCUUCCCUUGUUUCCCUCUCUUCCCUCCCUUCCCUCGUUUCCCUCUCUUCCCUCCCUUCCCUCGUUUCCCUCUCUUCCCUCUGGUUCCCUCCCCUCCCUCCUUUCCCUCCAACCCCUCCUUUCUCCCCCUUCUCCCCAUUCCCUCCCUUCUCUCCCUGCUUGCAUUCAGAAUCUCUCCUUUUCCUCCCUCCCCUCCCGUCUCUCCCUUCCCUCCCUUCUCUCCCUUCCCUCCCUUCUCUCUCUUCCCUCCCUUCCCUCCCUUCCCUCCCUUCCCUCCCUUCCCUCCCAAAACUCCCUUCCCUCUCUUCCCUCCUCCCCUCGGUUCCCUCACUAUCCUCCCUUCCCUCGAUUCCCUCUCUUCCUCCCCUUCCCUCGUUUCCCUCUCUUCCUCGCCUUCCCUCGUCUCCCUCCCUUCCCUCGUUUCCCUCUCUUCCCUCCCUUCCCUCGUUUCCCUCUCUUCCCUCUGGUUCCCUCCCCUCCCUCCUUUCCCUCCAACCCCUCCCUUCUCCCCCUUCUCCCCAUUCCCUCCCUUCUCUCCUUGCUUGCAUUCAGAAUCUCUCCUUUUCCUCCCUCCCCUCCCGUCUCUCCCUUCCCUCCCUUCUCUCCCUUCCCUCCCUUCUCUCCCUUCCCUCCCUUCUCUCUCUUCCCUCCCUUCCCUCCCUUCCCUCCCUUCCCUCCCUUCCCUCCCUUAUCAACCUUCCCUUUCUUCCCUCCCUUCCCUCCCUUCUCUCUCUUCCCUCCCUUCCCUUCCUUUCCCCUUCUUACCCUCUCUUCCCUCCCUUAUCAACCUUCCCUUUCUUCCCUCUCUUUCCUCCCUUCCCUCCCCUCCCUCCCUUCCCCCUCUUCCCUCCCUGCGAUCUCUUUCUUCUCUUCUCCCCCCCCCCCCCCCCCCCCCCCCCCACCUUCUCCUCCAUCCCUCAGCACGGCCCCCAUCAGCGCCAAAAAUUUAGGGCCGCCCCUUGUCCAUCUACUCCCUUUGGCACUUUCUGCCCUUCAGUCCCACCUCUUCAUCCUCACCCCUCCACUUCGCCUACCCAUCUCCUCAAGCCCUCUAACCUCCUGGUCAUCCCUGCCUUGUUGUCUCCCCUUCAUGCCUCCCAUCACCACUCCUUCCUCUAG